AUAUUGCAUACCCUUUUCAAUGCGAUAAACGGGUAAAAUGUAAUUGCGAUUAUCUAUAGUGUUAUCAUAUUACUUUUCGCUAUUUGAACCUGCUUAGCAUUGAUGUAUGUUUUGAUGUGUAUAUGUUUCCUCUAAUGCAUCUAGUCACAAAUGGCGUCCUCCAUCCUUCUGAGAGUGCAUCGCACAGUUUGACUGACAUGAGUUACCAAGAACUUCAACUACUGUUUUUUGUGAUUUUGUAUGUUUCUCCUUAACAUAUACGGACAGCACGUGUCUCUAACGUCACCUAUUUCAUUCUGCAACAUCAGGAUAAUCCAAUUUAAGAAAUUAGAUUUUAAAUGCCGAGAUGAGCAUUCUGCAGUUUAACAAGCCUGCGCAAUUCGUACGAACACUGUUUAGUCGGAGCGGAGAGUGGGGCGCAGCGCUUACGCGCGAUGUUAAGAAGGACAUCGAAUCAUUCUGGAAACAAAAGGUGGCUGAAAGAAAGACGCAUCGUUCGAAUGAGAAGAUGUAUGUGCUUUCUAUGUUUCCCUAUCCAUCCGGAAACCUUCACAUGGGGCACGUUCGGGUGUACACAAUUGGAGACUUGUUGGCCCGUUAUUACAGCAUGCGAGGAAAGAACGUCAUUUACCCCAUUGGGUGGGAUAGUUUUGGAUUGCCCGCAGAAAAUGCAGCUAUUGAACACGGUGAAGAUCCCAAGGAAUGGACAGAAAAGAAUAUUGCCAGUAUGACCCGCCAGUUUCGGGAAUUUAACUACAGUUUUAAUUGGGAACGAGAAAUCUCAACCUGCGAUCCAACCUAUUAUCGCUGGACUCAGUUUCUCUUCAUAAAAUUGUUUGAAAAAGGGCUUGUGUACCGUAAAAAAGCCGUUGUCAAUUGGGAUCCUAUAGAUAAUACAACUCUAGCCGACGAACAAGUUGAUUCCGACGGACGCAGCUGGAGAUCUGGAGCUAAAGUUGAAAGACGACUACUUGACCAAUGGUUUGUACGCACGACGCAAUACUCAAGAGAUCUUUUUCAGGGUUUGGAUGAACUCCAAGGGUGGGGCGACAUUAUAAGCAUUCAAAAAGGCUGGAUUGGAGAUGUAGAUAGGGGAAUUCUCUUUACAUUUGGUCUUGAUGAAGGAUUGCCUAUAAAUAAGCUAAGCGUAUGGACCGAUCGGCCAGAGUUAAUGGUUGGAGCGGCAUUUAUUAUAAUUAGCGAAGACCACUUACUAGCACAGGCGCUGAGUACGAAACAAAUAUAUGCAAGAAAUCCAUUUGACGAGAAUCGGCGUAUACCUGUAUUUGUCAAUGAAGACGAUUUCGAUGUUCCCAAAGCGACAGGUGCCUUCGUUGGGGUGCCAUCUUCUUCGGAUGAUCAUGCAAGGUUUGCCAGAAUGAAAUAUAUUGACUUCCUAAAUGUCAUCGAUGGGGAUCAAAUUGUCAACUCAGGAAAAUUUAAUGGACCAAUACUGGAAGCCCGUCGAAAAAUAUUAGAUUUUGCAAAAACUGCUAAGAUCGGAGGAUUUCCUGCAAGCAAGUGCUUAAGAGACUGGCUAAUUUCCCGCCAGAGGUAUUGGGGCACCCCAAUACCUAUUGUCCAUUGUGAGAAAUGCGGACCUGUGCCAGUUAGAGAAAAGGAUCUCCCAGUACAGUUACCAGCACUGCCCAAGGGUAAAAAGCUAGCCGAUAUUCAUGACUGGAUUUAUACAUCGUGUCCUAAAUGUAGAAGAACCAGCAAAAGGGAAACUGACACAUUGGACACGUUCGUAGAUAGUUCAUGGUACUUCAUGAGAUUUCUGGAUCCAACAAACGCAAAAAAACUCGUAGACCCAUUAAUAUCCAACAGGAUGAUGCCUGUGGAUAUGUAUAUUGGUGGAUUAGAACACGCGGUCAUGCAUCUUUACUAUGCGAGGUUUAUGGCAUACUUCAUGCAUAGAGAGCUUGGUUUGGGGUGCUCUGAUAGUCCUGAACCUUUUAAGAGAAUGAUUGUACAAGGAAUGGUCCUCAACGAGACUUUCCGAAUUGAAGCAACAGGCGAACAUGUGCCCAAAGAUCGAGUUGAUUUCAGCGAUUCAAAGAACCUGAAAACAAUAGAUACUGGUUUGCCUGUUUCUCUAUACUGGGAUAAAAUGUCUAAAUCAAAGCACAAUGGUAUUGCACCUCAGGAUAUCACAGACAUGUAUGGAAUUGACACAACGCGCCUCUUCAUCCUUGGUGACUGCGCACCCACUUCACGCUUCAAGUGGCCAGGUAUAGCGUUUAAAGGUAUUGCUGGUUGGCAGGAUAAACUGUGGAUGACAGUCGGGAAUUUCCGUCUGUCCAGGACAGUUGCAAAAGAGACUAUCAAUACUGAUCAUGAACGUCGCUGUCAGCAAGCUCGAAACGAGUUUGUUAAGAAGUGCAACUUUAACUUUGAAGUGACCCACCAGUUCAAUCUCAUUAUUAGAGAUAUGCAAAUCUUUACAAAUACUCUUCGCAGUGGAUUACGAAGCCCUCAGACUUUCCUCGGACCAAAAUAUGAACGCAGCCUCGGAGACCUAUUAAUUUGCUUAGCACCAUUUUGUCCACACUUCGCAUCUGAGUUGUGGGCUGGAUUCUUCGAUAAAGUAGAAUAUAACAAGAACACAUUUCAGGACGGCGGAGUUUUUGCUCAGAAAUGGCCUCAACUUGACGACGAUGCUUUGUUUGAUCUUGUUGUUAACGUUGGCAAGAGUCAAAUGCUAACAGUAAAAUUAACCAAGAAUCUUUUUGUUGGUCUAACAAAGGAGCGUGCUAUACAACUUGUAAACAAAAACUUGCCAAUAGAGUUUAGCGAGGCUAGCCCUAAAUUUAGUUACUUCCCUUUAUUCAGAGCUGAACUAAACUAUGUAAAUAUUAGAUAUAAUAAUGUGAAAAAGGAAAAAAACAAAAUAAGAAAGCACUUGCACGAUAAUAGCUCAAAUAUUAGUAGUUAGGAUGUAUUUUAUUGCUUUCAUCGUUUCUUAGAAGGGUGAUGCUUUUACAGACGAGUGGUUGCCUUAAUGCAUUUAUAGUUUAUAUAUAUGUUUGAUGAAAUCAAGAAUACGUCUCAACAGUACUGCCAGAUGUUGAUAUUAUUUUGCUUAUUUGAUUUCUAUUUUAUGGUACUACUGUUAAUAGUUAUAACAGUAUAUAAUUAUUAUUUAUCUAAAUUCAUUGUCAACUCUGUGGUUGCUAAAUGUAUAUUCACAUGUGGUUUGGAACUAUUAAACAUGAAUCUUUAGUACGUAAGGAAUAUGUGCUAGUAUGAUCUUAAUGAGACGCUUAUUUAUAGCCAUACAUUAUCAAAUUAUUUGAAACAACUGCAAGAAUUUUUUAAUACACGCUACUUUAAUAGUGGUAGCAUUAUCUAUAUAAAAAAAUCUUACUGGCAGAUUCUAAAAACUUACAAUUGUUCAUAUGUUAUAUGUAUGUAAAAUAAUAGAAUUAUAAUCGUAAAUUUGUUGCAAAGACGCUCACUUUCGAUGUUUAGGGAAUUUAUCUUCGAUUACUUUAAAAAUAGUGAGUUACACGUAAAUGAAUUCAUUAUGUAGGUUAUAAAAUGAAACAUUUUGAAAGUUGUGCAGCUUUUGAAAGUAAUUUAUUCAUGGUAACUGCGAUUAGGUACCUUCUCAGCAUUAGUUUUCUUAUAUAGAAUCCGCACCAUCAACUAAUAAUCAUUUAUUUCGCUUUAUUUAUAUCAUUUAUUAUCGCUUUUGAGAUUUGUUUUUUGCUUUCUUAUAAGCAGACCUUAUGGAACUUUGUCGCGGUUUCGAGCUUGGAAGGAACUAAAUACCGUUUCCUUAGGCUUUAAGUACUUAUCCUAAUUAUCAAUAUAUUUAGACUGACUGUAUUUGCGCAUACAGUACUGUUUUGGAAUAAAGUUCUUAUUGUAAGCCAA